AGCAUGCUGGUUAUUUCAGAAAAGAAGUGAGAGCUACUUUGAAAGGACAACCAUUUUUCUUUAUGCAAAUUUAUAAUGGUUUUGAAGUGGUUGUUCAUUCUCAAACAUAGACUUUUAAACGUUAGGUCUUUCCUAUAACUCUUCGUUAUUGGAAGUUUCAAGGAUUUGGACACUCAAGGGUUCUGUCCUCAUUCCUUUGGUUUUGGCCCAAAUGAUUAUGUUUCCUCUUUUUGGGAAGAUUUCUCUGGGUAUUUUGAUAUUUAUCCUGAUAGAAGGAGACUUUCCAUCAUUAACAGCACAAACCUACUUAUCUUUAGAGGAGAUCCAAGAACCCAAGAGUGCAGUUUCUUUUCUCCUGCCUGAAGAAUCAACAGACCUUUCUCUAGCUACCAAAAAGAAACAGCCUCUGGACCGCAGAGAAACUGAAAGACAGUGGUUACUCAGAAGGCGGAGAUCUAUUCUGUUUCCUAAUGGAGUAAAAAUCUGCCCAGAUGAAAGUGUUGCAGAGGCUGUGGCAAAUCAUGUGAAGUAUUUUAAAGUCCGAGUGUGUCAGGAAGCUGUCUGGGAAGCCUUCAGGACUUUUUGGGAUCGACUUCCUGGGCGUGAGGAAUAUCAUUACUGGAUGAAUUUGUGUGAGGAUGGAGUCACAAGUAUAUUUGAAAUGGGCACAAAUUUUAGUGAAUCUGUGGAACAUAGAAGCUUAAUCAUGAAGAAACUGACUUAUGCAAAGGAAACUGUAAGCAGUCCUGAACUGUCUUCUCCAGUUCCUGUUGGUGAUACUUCAACAUUGGGAGACACUACUCUCAGUGUUCCACAUCCAGGGGUGGACGCCUAUGAAGGUGCCUCAGAGAGCAGCUUGGAAAGGCCAGAGGAGAGUAUUAGCAAUGAAAUUGAGAAUGUGAUAGAAGAAGCCACAAAACCAGCAGCUGAACAGAUUGCAGAAUUCAGUAUCCACCUUUUGGGGCAGCAGUACAGGGAAGAACUACAGGAUUCCUCCAGCUUUCACCACCAGCACCUUGAAGAAGAAUUUAUUUCAGAGGUUGAAAAUGCAUUUACUGGGUUACCAGGCUACAAGGAAAUUCGUGUACUUGAAUUUAGGUCCCCCAAGGAAAACGACAGUGGCGUAGAUGUUUACUAUGCAGUUACCUUCAAUGGUGAGGCCAUCAGCAAUACCACCUGGGACCUCAUUAGCCUUCACUCCAACAAGGUGGAAAACCAUGGCCUUGUGGAACUGGAAGAUAAACCCACCGUUGUUUACACAAUCAGUAACUUCAGAGAUUAUAUUGCUGAGACAUUGCAGCAGAAUUUUUUGCUGGGGAACUCUUCCUUGAAUCCAGAUCCUGAUUCCCUGCAGCUUAUCAAUGUGAGAGGAGUUUUGCGUCACCAAACUGAAGAUCUAGUUUGGAACACCCAAAGUUCAAGUCUUCAGGCAACGCCAUCAUCUAUUCUGGAUAAUACCUUUCAAGCUGCAUGGCCCUCAGCAGAUGAAUCCAUCACCAGCAGUAUUCCACCACUUGAUUUCAGCUCUGGUCCUCCCUCAGCCACUGGCAGGGAACUCUGGUCAGAAAGUCCUUUGGGUGAUUUAGUGUCUACACACAAAUUAGCCUUUCCCUCGAAGAUGGGCCUCAGCUCUUCCCCAGAGGUUUUAGAGGUUAGCAGCUUGACUCUUCAUUCUGUCACCCCGGCAGUGCUUCAGACUGGCUUGCCUGUGGCUUCUGAGGAAAGGACUUCUGGAACUCACUUGGUAGAAGAUGGAUUAGCCAAUGUUGAAGAGUCGGAAGAUUUUCUUUCUGUUGAUUCAUUGCCUUCAAGUUCAUUCACUCAACCUGUGCCAAAAGAAACAAUACCAUCCAUGGAAGACUCUGAUGUGUCCUUAACAUCUUCACCAUAUCUGACCUCUUCUAUACCUUUUGGCUUGGACUCCUUGACCUCCAAAGUCAAAGACCAAUUAAAAGUGAGCCCUUUCCUGCCAGAUGCAUCCAUGGAAAAAGAGUCAAUAUUUGACAGUGGUUUAGGUUCAGGAUCUGGGCAAAAGGUAGAUCUGAUUACUUGGCCACGGAGUGAGACUUCAUCAGAGAAGAGCACUGAACCACUGUCCAAGCCAUGGCUUGAAGAUGACGAUUCACUUUUGCCAGCUGAGAUUGAAGAUGAGAAACUAGUUUUAGUUGACAAAAUGGAUUCCACAAACCAAAUUAGUAAGCACUCAAAAUAUGAACAUGAUGAUAGAUCCACUCACUUUCCAGAGGAAGAGCCUCUUAGUGGGCCUGCUGUGCCCAUCUUCACAGACACUGCAACUGAAUCUGCAUCUCUAACCCUCCCCAAGCACAUAUCAGAAGUACCUGGUGUUGAUGAUUACUCAGUUACCAAAGCACCUCUUGUACUGACAUCUGUAGCAAUCUCUGCCUCUACUGAUAAAUCAGAUCAAGCAGAUGCCAUCCUAAGGGAGGAUGUGGAACAAAUUACCGAGUCAUCCAACUAUGAAUGGUUUGAGAGUGAGGUUUCAAUGGUAAAGCCAGAUACGCAAACUUUGUGGACUAUAUUGCCAGAAUCAGAGAGAGUUUGGACAAGAACUUCUUCCCUAGAGAAAUUGUCCAGAGACACAUUGGCAAGUACACCACAGAGUACUGACAGACUCUGGUUGAAAGCUUCUGUGACACAGUCUACCAAAUUGCCUCCAACCGCAAUCUCCACCCUGCUAGAGGAUGAAGUAAUUAUGGGUGUACAGGAUAUUUCAUUAGAACUGGACCGGAUAGGCACAGAUUACUAUCAGCCUGAGCAAGUCCAAGAGCAAAAUGGCAAGGUUGGUAGUUAUGUGGAAAUGUCUACAAGUGUUCACUCCACAGAGAUGGUUAGUGUGGCUUGGCCCACAGAAGGAGGAGAUGACUUGAGUUAUACCCAGACUUCAGGAGCUUUGGUGGUUUUCUUCAGCCUCCGAGUGACUAACAUGAUGUUUUCAGAAGAUCUGUUUAAUAAAAACUCUUUGGAGUAUAAAGCCCUGGAGCAAAGAUUCUUAGAAUUGCUGGUUCCCUAUCUCCAGUCAAAUCUCACGGGGUUCCAGAACUUAGAAAUCCUCAACUUCAGAAAUGGCAGCAUUGUGGUGAACAGCCGAAUGAAGUUUGCCAAUUCUGUCCCUCCUAACGUCAACAAUGCGGUGUACAUGAUUCUGGAAGACUUUUGUACCACUGCCUACAAUACCAUGAACUUGGCUAUUGAUAAAUACUCUCUUGAUGUGGAAUCAGGUGAUGAAGCCAACCCUUGCAAGUUUCAGGCCUGUAAUGAAUUUUCGGAGUGUCUGGUCAACCCCUGGAGUGGAGAAGCAAAGUGCAGAUGCUUCCCUGGAUACCUGAGUGUGGAAGAACGGCCCUGUCAGAGUCUCUGUGACCUACAGCCUGACUUCUGCUUGAAUGAUGGAAAGUGUGACAUUAUGCCUGGGCACGGGGCUAUUUGUAGGUGCCGGGUGGGUGAGAACUGGUGGUACCGAGGCAAGCACUGUGAGGAAUUUGUGUCUGAGCCGGUGAUCAUAGGCAUCACUAUUGCCUCCGUGGUUGGACUUCUUGUCAUCUUUUCUGCUAUCAUCUACUUCUUCAUCAGGACUCUUCAAGCACACCAUGACAGGAGCCAAAGAGAGAGGCCCUUCAGUGGCUCCAGCAGGCAGCCUGACAGCCUCUCAUCUAUUGAGAAUGCCGUGAAGUACAACCCUGUGUAUGAAAGUCACAGGGCUGGAUGUGAGAAGUAUGAGGGACCCUAUCCUCAGCAUCCCUUCUACAGCUCUGCUAGCAGAGACAUGAUUGGUGGGCUGAGCAGAGAAGAAAUCAGACAGAUGUAUGAGAGCAGUGAGCUUUCCAGAGAGGAAAUUCAAGAGAGAAUGAGAGUUUUGGAACUGUAUGCCAAUGAUCCUGAGUUUGCAGCUUUUGUGAGAGAGCAACAAGUGGAAGAGCUUUAACCAAAACUCCUGUUCUGAAACUGAUUAGAAGCCUGGAGAAGAUGGAGAUUACUUGUUACUUAUGUCACAUAAGUAACCUGGAUUUUAAACACUGUUGGAAGAAGAGUUUUCUAUGAAAAAAUUAAAUAUAGGGCACACUGUUUUUUUUCAGCUUAAGUUUUCAGAACGUAGUAAGAGAUGUUACUAUUUUUAUUUCUAUAAAGACUGAAAACUGUGUUUAAAUAAAUUGAAAACUACAUAAACUGUGGAAAGUAUUCUACAAGAAAAAGCUGGACCUAGGAGUUAGGGCUGCAGUUGCUGUCUGCUUCUGAAUCAUUGGGGGUGUCUCCUAAGAACUGUGCCUCGGGUUUCUCAGUAGGAAAAUAAGGUGAGACUCUUACAUGGAGAAGUCUGGCUUAGUAAGGGAAUAUUUUGGAGCAUAUUUGUUAUGGUUGGGUAGAAGGGAAAACCUUUGAAAUAGUCUUAAUGGAUAGUUUAUAAUCAGGCAUUCAUCUAAAUAAAAUUCUUUCUUUUUGAUCAAACUGCUAAAGAAAAAGCAAAUUUUUUUUGCUGUAGGAUAGAAUUAGGGUUGUAUUUUUAUGCUUCUAUCAGUGUUUUGCAUUUCCUGAGCAUAUUAAUCAAGACCACAUUAUUGUUAUGUUAACUAUGUUAAUAUCCUUUUUUUGUAGUUUUCAGGAAGAAUGCAUAUGUAUGUGUGUAUGUAUAUAUAUAUAUAUAUAUAAAGUUUAGAAGAUUCCCAUUAAUCUAAAGACAAAUUUAAUCACAUGGGCAGGGAGGGAGUGAGUGUCGGGUCAAGACCCCAGUGCUGAGAAUGUAUUUUGUUUCUUGAUUGCUGGACUGAGGUUCCCUGAUUGCUUCUGAAAUCUAAAGAUGUCUUGGACAAAUCCUGUCUCUCCUCUAGUUCCUGGUGUACUAAUUUGGAAAACAGCACUUAACUACCUCACAUAAUAUAGAUUAUCUCAUUUUCAUUGCUUCUCCUUUGUGUAAUACUUCCUGUCUAAAUUAACUCCUGCUUAUACAAAACAGGGCAAAGCUUUUAUUACAAUUAAAAUAUUUUAAAAACUGAACAGAUAGGAAGUCCAUACCUUAUAUAAAUUUUGACAGAAAAUGGAAAUUUUCCUCUUUCCCCCUGGUGUUUUUUUUGAAGGGGUUGCUUUGGAGGGGGAGAGGAGGAGGCCAAAGAAUCAUCAUCAUGAUAUUAAAUUGCAUAUGCAAUAGGUUAUUAUUAAUGCAGAUACUUUAUGCUAGAUGUCUUCAUGUUUGCCAAAAACAAUUCUGAACAUUUUGAUUUAUUUAUGACCAGAUAUAAAUAACCAGUAUAAACUGACCAUAAGAUAAAAUACUUGGUUCGCUUUUUUUUCUCAACUUGAUGACUGCCAAUUCUGCGCAUUAUGAGGAUACUGGAAACUAAAUACCUGGGCUCGAUGCAUGCCACAGUAAAGCUAGUGAAAGCCUUGAAGAUGGCCAGGUAUUUUGCAACGUAUGUAUGGAUAACAGGUUGUGUGUGUGUAUGUGUGUGUGUGUGUGCGCGCACACACGCGCAUGCGUGCCCGCGCCAUGGUGGCUCCCAUAUCCUAGUAUUUCCUUUCAUUCCCUACUGACAUAAUGGAUCCUCUCACAGUUCAGUAUAGGUACACUUUCCACUAUUUUAUUGAAAUGUUCUAGUCUUAAUAUUGGAUAAUUAGACACUUUCCACUGGGCCCAUUUGAAAAGUAAUUGAUAAUUACCUUUAAGACAUUUUAAAUGUUAAUGAUAUUUGUCACUACUAAAUGCUUAGUUUUAUUUAUAAAACUUUCAAAGUUUUCUGUUUAAGAUUGUAAACUGUUUUGCUAUACUAUGUGUUAGAUGAAAAUGUAUUUUAUCACAAAUUAACCUUAGAAUGCAACUCUUUGAAUAUGUGCUUGCUGGAAGAAUUCCAGAUGGACACAAAUCCCUCUAGGGCAGGUCACCAAGCGGAACACUUAGGAGAAGCACAAACUGAACCAAAGGAGGGUUGUUAUUUUCCACAAACUAAGCAGUGAAGUGGGAAUUUGGGAAUUCUGACACACGUCACCAUCUCUGAUUUCCUUUUGCAUGACCUUUUCAUGCAAAAGCAAAAAACCUUAGCUCUUCAUGAAUGUCUGCUUCACACCAAUGAAAUGGAAGAGUAAAGGAACCCCUCAACUAUCAGAGAAAGAACAGGAGGCCCUCAGUUGAGGAAUACAACUUUUGUCCUACCUUUGCUGUAGCUGAACCACUGAUGAAAGGCUGAAGAACACAGUUUGCCCAGCAAAGAUCCACUCAUGUACAAAGCAAAGCACUAAAGGAGCUAUUAGUUUGAUGGAAAAAACUACCCCUAAAGAGCUUCUUUUUAAAAGACCCUCCUCGAAGGUGAUUUAAUGGCAUGUCAUCAUUUAAAAGUCUUAGGCUGAACUCUCAUUUACACUGCACAAUUGAGGAAUGAAAUUUUCUGAGUAUUAGAACGUUCUUCUUAACCUAGGAAUAUAAUAUUCAAUAAGACUAUAACCUUAUGUGAAAAUAAUAAAAUGCAGUUAGCAAUAAAAGUACAUGGUAAAUAAUGAUUUUAAAAAUGUUAUUAUAAAAGGUUGUAAGAUACUGUGGUGUUUUACAGAUGUAGCCUUUAUAAUUGAAUUACAUACACUAUCCUUUUUUAUGGGUUAUGGAUAAAGCAGAAUUUAUUUGAUAAAUAGGGCUCCAUUUUCACCAUUGCAAUGGUUUAAGGGUGUUUGUUCACGUUUAUGUGGCCUGAAGUCCCAUUUUUAUCAUUAUUAUUAUUUGAGAUGGAGUCUCGCUCUGUCACCCAGGCUGGAGUGCAAUGGGGCGAUCUCAGCUCCCGGCAACCUCUGCCUCCUGGGUUCAAGCGAUUCUCAAGCUUCAGCUUCCUGAGUAGCUGGGGUUACAGACAGCCACCACCAUGCCCAGCUAAUUUUUAUAUUUUUAGUAGAGAUGGGGUUUCACCAUCACCAUGCUGGCCAGCCUGGUGAUCCACCACCUGGCCAGGUGAUCCACCUGUCUUGGCCUCCCAAAGUGCUGGGAUUACAGGCAUGAGCCACCGCAGCUGGCACCAUUUAAUUUAUAUAAUAAAACAAGUGCAGGCUUUACCUGAUUUUAUUCUCACCUUCUGUUUUUUCUUCUGCAUUAUCUGUCACCAUGGGUUGGCUCCUCCCCACUUUCUCUUUUUUAUUCUUUUCUUUUUUUUUUUGCCACACUAAAUUGUAAUGUGGUUGAACAACUCUGACUUAAUAUUACCUCUAACAAAAAGCUGGAAACUGCACAAAUAUUCUUUGUAGGCUGUAAAAGUAGGUUGGCUGAAGUAUGAUACCUGAACUAAUUAUUCAUUCGUAUGCCUGUUUUAUAAGUUUGACUUCCAUUUCAUGAUUUUUUUGGUAGCUUUAUGUUAUUUCUGUUUUCAGCAGUGGGUACUUUGACAUCUUUCUGUCUCUGAAUUGAAUUUUCAUUUUGCAAAGGAAGAGAAGACAACAUCAUAUCUAUUCCAUAAUGAAAGAGCUAAUGAAGUAGAAUAACUAUUAAAUUGAGAUGUUUUAGCAAAAAAAACAAAAACGCAAACCCAAACGGGUUGUUUUGUUUUAUUUUUUUCUAAAAUGUUUCUAACAAUUCCCAGUAGGAAUGGGUGGGGCCAGCCUUCCUCAUUUACAAUCCAGCUGCAGUGAGUCAAGAUCCUAGCUUAUUCUCCCAAUUGUGUAAUAAAUGCAGAAAAAUGAUGUGACGGUCACAAUUCUCAAAUCCAUUGCAUUGUAUUCCACAAAGGAUAUCCUGGCGGAAGGUGGGAAUAUGGGAGGGUACCAUGAUGUAAAGAAUUGCCUGGAAAUUUCCUUGAAUCAUGCAUUUUGUAAAACCUUACACUACUGCUAUGAGUUAAUAAGAGACAGGUUAAACCACUCCCCUCAGGAUAGUAAGACUGGUUAAAAACACUGCUUUCAGCCCACACAGUUAUAGCUACAGCCUAGGUUAAAUGAUUCCUCAUCCUGGUGUUUUUAUUCUCAUAUUUAAUUACUUCUUUAAAGAUUAAGAUUAUAUAUAGAAAAAAUAAUUGUGGUAUCAGAGAAUAUAGGUAUAAUUUUUCAUAUAUCAGGACUAUGUGAUGAUACUUAAGCAAUAGUGUACAUACCAUAAUAUAUGUUUAAUAUGGAGUAUGGAUAAUGAAGGACUUUUCUUUUUCACCUUGUUUAUAAUGACAUUUUAUCCAGAGUUUGAAUCAAAUAAAUUCAAGUUAACUGUACUAUUUUAUUGAAAUGUUCUAGUCUUAUUAUUGGAUAAUUAGAAAUAAACAUUUUAAAGUGUUUAUGAAUAAAUAAGGAUCUUUUCCUAUGUAUGCAACUGUACUAUUUUCAUUAGUAAUAAACAUCACUUUCAAGAA